GGACCUUGUGCCUCUGCCUUGCCUCCUCGGAGGAGCCGACUGCUGAUGGCCUCACUUCAACUUCCCUGCUGGAGUUUGCCAUGAUGUCCCAUCUGGAGGCCCUGAAUUCCCAUGAGCAAACCAGCCCCGAGGCCCCAGAGGCUGAACUUGCCCCCAGCUCUCUGCAUGCCGCUCCAGGAUCAGGCUUUGCCAGCGAGGAGAAUGAGGAAUCCAAGAUCUUACAGCCCCCGCAGUACUUUUGGGAAGAUGGGGGAGAACUCAACGACUCCAGCUUGGACUUGGGACCAGCAACAGACUACAGCUUUCCUGUUGCCUCUCAGAAGGCCCUGCACAAAGGGAACAGGACGCAGGUGAAAGACACCUGGGAAACAGCCACCCUCCAGCCGCCAGCAGAGUCAGCUGAGCUGGACUCGCAUGCACCUUUCUCUAGCGCACUGGAGGAAGAAGAGGGGCUGCUCCCUAUAGACCACUCGAAAGGAGGACCGGAGAUCCUCCAGACCUCCAGGCCAAAGGACACAUCAUCCGAACCAGUGGGCCAAGAGGACUCCUUGUUCACCAUCCUAUUUUCCACAGCCUCUGCUAGGCCAGGCGUUGUGACCGAGGCAGCUAUAGGAAUGCAGGAGGAGGACUCUGUUCCUCCAGGCUUAGACCUUGGGAGCAGCAUGGGGCCAGGCCUUCUGCCUGUGUCCUCUGUUUUUUCUACUACCGCUGUGAGGUCCCCCGAUGUUUCAGAAGAGCCCUUUGAGGUGACAGCUGGGGACACAUGGGCUGUCAGGGGAGCAGAUUUGGAGCCGACUGUGACUACCCCGAGAGCAGAGCUCGCAGAUCCUGCAGCGGAGGCUGGCAGGGAAGAGCAUUUGGCCAAAGAGGAGUUCCCAGAGACCACGGUGGGGUGGGAGAUGCUGGAGCCCACGGUGCUAACUGAAACGGAGCAGACAGUGGAAAUGCCUGUGGGGACGCCUUCUCCCAGCAGCAGCUCCCCAGACACCCACACUUUUUCUGGUGGCAAGCAGCAUCCCACUUCCUCUGCAGCUCCAUGGGACAGGUCUGACAAGCCAGCCUUGGAUCUUGCCUGGAACGACACAGAGCUGGCCACAGAGACUGUGGCAGCAGAGAGGAGCUUUUCACCGCAGGCUGGGGAUGCCCGCAUAGCCGUGCUGCCAACAGAAAUGCCCUGGAAUUCACCACAGGUAAUCUGCAAAGACUGGAGCAACCUUGCGGGGAAAAACUACAUCAUCCUGAAUAUGUCGGAUAACAUUGACUGUGAGGAGUUUCGGCUGGAGAGGGGUCCCCAGCUGCUGGCACUGGUGGAGGAUGCCUUCUCCAGACAGACAGAAGGACUUCAGGACCGCUGGCUGAUCUCUCUGAGCAAACCCAAUGAGAACGACAAGCACUUGCUAAUGACACUGGCAGGGGAACAGGGUGUCAUCCCCACAAAAGAUGUUCUCAUGGCACUGGGGGAUGUUAAGAGGAGCUUAGCUGAGAUUGGCAUCCAGAACUACUCAACUACCACAAGCUGCCAGUCACACCCCAACCAGACACGCAGUGAUUACGGGAAACUCUUUGUGGUACUGGUGAUCAUCGGCUCCAUCUGUGCCAUCAUCAUUGUUAUGGGGCUCAUAUACAACUGCUGGCAGAGACGCCUGCCCAAGAUGAAGAACAUGUCGCAUGGCGAGGAGCUGCGCUUUGUUGAGAACGGCUGGCAUGACAACCCCACCUUGGACGUGGCCAGCGACAGCCAGUCGGAAAUGCAGGAGAAGAAGCCAAGCGUGAACGGUGGAAAUACCAUCAAUGGCCCUGACAGCUGGGACGUCCUGAUCAAUAAGCAGGCGAGCGAGGAUGUGGAUGUGUUUGAGGAAGACACACACCUUUAAAAAAAAGCAGAGACAGCCACCCCUUUAAAUACAUUUGUGUCUCUACUAUUCUGGCUGGUGGACCACAGGAUCAGGGUGGCUGCUCAGGAACUUCUUAAAGACUUGGGACAGGUCAAGUCUUGGGCAUGUUUUCCUGCUGGAAGUCCUGAGCCCACAUGAGAGGCUUGGAGCCCGGAGGAUCACUGAAGAGGGAAGCGGGAGGGGUGGGUGUGUAGGUCUCUGUGUGUGUGUUCCUAUCAGUAGCACCAAUGCUUUCAUCACCUUUAAAUGCACUUACUGUAGCUCUCUGGUAGUGGCUGGGCUCCAGAAACAAGGUGGUGAGGCUGUAUGCCACCAGGAGUCCAGCUUUGGGGAGUAAAUUCACUUUGAGAGUCCAGCUGGGGUUACGGCAGCCAGACCCUGACCUUGUUGGCAUCUGGGUUUAUAGCUGUAGAGCGAAGAUCAUGAUCUAUCCCUGCAGGUGCGGUAAAACCUGUCUCAUUCGGGAUACGGGGAGCCAAGACUCACCUGAUGUCCUGGGUAGAGCGUUUGCAUUCCGCGUGUGCAGAGAGGUUUUGUAGUGCUCUAGCAUUCGCUGCUAACUGGAUGGGCUGAUGUUUACAUCUGGGGAAAACAUCCCCAUAUGAUCUCUUUUUCUCCUCUUACCCCCAACAGCCCCAACCUCUUUUCCAGUUCUACAGCUCCAAGUUGCGCUUGCAGAGUUUGAGCACUUUAACCUUUCUUGGGCUGCUUGACUGCAGAGAAUUUGGUGCCAUGGUGCAGCAUCUUAGCUGGAAAUCUGCUUUAGGCUGGAGAGUUGCUCAAAAAAAGACUUUAAUCUGCCUCUUUCACCUAACAGCCUGUGAAAUCAGCAGCAAAGUAUCCCUUGCCUAUGUCUUAGUCUUAGAUUCGCAGGCCUUUUCCACUCCUUUUCCAUUUUCCAGGGUAGUUUGGCUUCAGUUAAUCUUUUGAGGUGAACGUACAGCCUAUGUGAGACUUUUAAACAGGAAAAAAGUAAAAAUUCAGAAACAGAUAGUUUUCUGGUCCUUGUUUUUUCCUUUUCAGGAACCUGCCUUAGGCGAAAGUGUUUAAUGUCACACUGGUGUAAAUCAGGGGUAACAUCUUUAAAAUUGCUGCAUUAAAACAAGUAUAAAAGCCGGUUUAGGUGAGAUCAGCAUCAGAUCUAAGAGUUCCCCAAUGACUUUCUCAGGCACGCCUCAGGCAGCUUUGAGGCCCCAGCUCCCUGAAGAUGUGUGAUAAAAGGCACGUGAAUAUGCAUAAUUGUUCUCUGAGCCCUGCCUAAGUUGAGACUCGGAACUACUUGUGAGCCUGAAAUCCCAGAACGUUUGUUUCUUCUGUCACCGAGGGAUCGAGAGACUCGCUUUGGUCAAAGGCAAUAGUAUUUGCUUCCAUUUAUGAUUAGCUGCUUGCUUGCUUUGUGCAAGAUGCAGCUUCAUGUUUGGUCUUUAAGGGAAUCAUUGUACAGAAGGACCCCAGGUAUGUGGCCUGAUGUUUGGCCUGUAAAUCUAUCCCUGUAUGUACAGAUAUUUUUAGCAUGUUCAUCCCUGAUGUGAGUGCCUAAAGUCAAGAUACAGAAGAGUCUGUAGUUUCAUUUUGCAUAGCACUUUGCAUACAGACUGAAUCGCAGAUUACUUCAAUGUAGGACCAUGUGGAUAUCAGUCUCUUAUGGAUUCAAGAAAGCUGAUAACCUUUGGUUUUCUAUCCAGAUUCCAAUUUUGAGUGUUUCUGUCCUGCCUCCGUACCUUUCCCUGCGUUAUAUAGGAGACGGUGUCUCUUGGCUCCUUUUUUAUCUUGUCAGUAGAGUUGCAGAGCUGCCCGGAGGAGUUCCCUCUCCCGCCUCAGCAGUUGACGGUGGGUGGCUGGUGAGGGGAGACGCUCCACAGACAUGAGCAGGCCACGUGCAGCCCUGCUCUGACAGCCCUUCACUGACAGCCUCUGCCCAGUUCGGUGGGUCUGUGCAGUGAACCUUCACAAGUUCAGGGACUGUGUUGAUGGCGCUUUGGGGCUCACAGGGUUAAACGUAAGUUGUUGUUAUGACAUGGUAAGUGAUUUAAAGCAUGGAGUUAAAUUUUGAGUUUGUAUAGCACUUAGCAUAACAAGGCCUGGCAUAGCUGUGGCCUUUAGGCAGUUUCACCGUAUAAAUGUUUAUAAGUCCAAUAAUCCUCAUUAAACACACUUUUAAUACUCGGUGGCUAUUAAAAAGAUAAAGCCACCAAUCGAAUGUGAACUAGUUCACCCACAAAACGCUUCCUUGGUGCACUUCAUUGCUAAGAGCUGCUUUGCUGCCCUAUUUUCUCUCCACUUUACUAAUUCAGAGAAACAACAAGGUGUGCUGAUAAAGUAAUGCUUCUUGUGUCACAAUUGGGCUCGGCACCUCCUGAUCUGGUCUAAAGUCUUCAAACUUUAAAUAGGCCAAGGAGGCCAUCCAGGCUCAUUAAAAAGCAAUGCUGACUCUUGAGGCUGUCAGCUAGCAAGCUCUCCUGAUCUGCUGCUCCGGCUUAUUUGGGCCUGAUCGUAUUCCAGAGACUGUAGUGCUCUCUUCUGAAGCUGGAGUGCUCCAGGGUGUCUUGAGAGCGUCCAAGGGUGACUGUCAGCAAGCUGAGAACAAUGUUCUGAUGUCUCUGACGUGAUGCGCUUGCCUGUGUGAUCUCAGUUUAGCUCCAGAAAUCUACUGGUUAGGAGCAUUUCAUUUUAAUACGGAGAUACUUUUUAUACCUUUUCCAUUUGUUCUUCUUUGUAUUAUUUUUUGCACUAGGCUGAUCUUGUUAAGUCAAUUGCACUGUUGUCCCUAUCCCGCAAACCUUGCGGACGGGUCAUCUCUCGGUACCUGCGGGCUGGGAAGUGCUGCAGAGUGAGGCUAUUGGUAGCCCGUUUCGCUCUGGUUCUGUUGUUCAGGGCUUGGGUUACCAGCUCUGCACGGGGAGGCUUUAAGGAGGAGGAGAAACCUUAUAUUGUCAUUUGUAACAGGAAGCUUUUCUAUCACCUUAAUGUAGUUAAACUUGUUUUUAACAAACGCUGUCAAAGCUGGACUUCUCAGAGGGGUGUGCCAGGCAACAGAGCAGAGAAGACAAUAAUUCCUGGAAAUCUAUUUCUCACUACUAGGACUUCACUGUAGUCCCGUCUGUUUGAUCACACUGACACCUGGUGGCUGCUGGGAGUUAAAGAAUAAAAAAGGACUUUUUUCUCCCCUCUUAA